CGUAGGGAGUCAGUUAAACUGUGUAGACUGAGGUUGGAGCACUGUGGGCUAAAUAAUUUUUUAUGUAUGGUAGAAAAAACAUGUCUGUGGAUUGUGUGACUGUAGAAGGUAUACGUUAGGGCUGAAAGAAAAGAACUUUAUGUUAAACUGACAGAAUUAGGAGUUAGAGUAUUGUCUAUUUUAUCUUUGCUUGUAUACAGUGACAAACAUCAACUGAUCUCUGAAGCAGUUCUUCAGUUCUUGCAUGAUACAGGACCGUGUAUGAGAAUUUAAUUCAAAGAUUGACCUGUGAAGGGCAGUAACAAGCCUAGAAGUGUCCACACUGCCGGAAGAAGAAGAAGAAGGAUCUGAGCAUUGUCACUAAAAACGAUGAUUUUUAAUAAGGUUUUGAGGGCAGGUUUUCAGGCUGGACUUAGGUUUCAGAGUACUGGACCUCAAGCCAGUGCCAGAGCAGCUACUGCUGCAUUGAAAGAAUCUCUUGGAGGCUUCAGCUUUGAACUAACUGACCAGCAGAAAGAGUUCCAGGAGGUGGCAAGAAAGUUUGCACGUGAGGAGAUUGUCCCAGCUGCCCCGUCAUAUGACAGAAGUGGUGAAUAUCCAUUUCCUCUCAUUAAGAGAGCAUGGGAGUUGGGUCUAAUGAAUGGACAUAUUCCAGAGGACUGUGGUGGAAUGGGUCUGGGCAUAUUUGAUGCCUGUCUCAUCACAGAAGAACUGGCCUUUGGCUGCACUGGGGUACAGACAGCCAUUGAGGCAAACUCUCUGGGACAAAUGCCCGUCAUUAUUGCUGGUAAUGAUGCCCAGAAGAAGAAAUAUUUGGGCAGAAUGACAGAAGAACCACUAAUGUGUGCAUACUGUGUGACCGAGCCGGGAGCAGGCUCUGAUGUGGCUGGGAUAAAGACCCGGGCUGUUAAGAAAGGAGACGAGUAUGUGGUCAAUGGUCAGAAAAUGUGGAUCACCAAUGGAGGAAAAGCAAACUGGUACUUCCUGCUGGCCCGCACAGAUCCCGAUCCCAAAUGCUCUGCUAGCAAGGCUUUCACAGGCUUCAUUGUUGAAGCUGACACCCCAGGAGUCCAGCCUGGCAGAAAGGAAUUAAACAUGGGCCAGAGAUGCUCAGACACCAGGGGCAUCACGUUUGAAGAUGUAAGAAUCCCGAAAGAGAAUGUUUUGAUUGGAGAAGGAGCCGGCUUCAAGAUUGCCAUGGGUGCAUUUGACAAGACUAGACCACCAGUGGCUGCAGGUGCCACAGGACUUGCACAGAGAGCACUGGAAGAGGCCACAAAGUAUGCUUUGGAAAGAAAGACUUUUGGCAAGUUUAUUGCAGAGCACCAGGCUGUGUCAUUCCUUCUGGCUGAAAUGGCCAUGAAAGUUGAACUUGCCAGAAUGGCCUAUCAGAGAGCAGCCUGGGAAGUGGAUCAGGGCCGCAGGAACACCUACUAUGCCUCGAUCGCUAAGGCCUUUGCUGGAGACAUUGCAAACCAGUGUGCCACUGAUGCCGUCCAGAUCUUUGGUGGGAAUGGUUUCAAUAGUGAAUAUCCUGUGGAGAAGCUGAUGAGAGACGCUAAGAUUUACCAGAUUUAUGAAGGGACUGCGCAAAUCCAAAGGCUCAUCAUCUCAAGAGAACACCUUGGGAAAUUCAAACAAUGAAACUGUAAACUCAGGACUUCCAUGCCAUAAACAAACUGUUUGGUUGAGUGUCUUUUGUACAUGUUUUUUUUUUUUUUUUUGAUCAAUAGAUCUCAGGAUUGUAUCUCACAGAUUGUAAAUUGCCUACACUGAUCUCCAGUUGCCUUAUGUCAUAUCAGCAUGUCUUGCCGUCUUUGUGUUGAACAACUACGUUGCUCAAAGCUGAACAAAGUAACAUAGUUACACAGCUCUUCCUCAGAUUCUUUUUGUAACUGAUUAUGUCCUCAAAACAAAAAUAAACAAUCUCCUUUAAAAA